CCAAUGACUCUCCGCGAACUUAAGAUUAAGACCAACGUUCUCAAGCGUAUCUACCGAGAAAAUAUUGGUUACGCCCAGGAGGAACAACAGCAGCUGAAGCGUAUUGACAAGCUGAUUGCUGAUGGUGCUGAUGAAGCCGAUGUCAGAAAACAGAAAGAGGUCCUUGAAGAUACACUCCAAAUGAUUCCCGACGUUCAGAAGCGUCUGGCAAAAGCUUACGCUGACCUUGAAGAUAAAGUUACCGAUCCAGCCUAUGCUGACUCGGAGGAACUUAAGGAUGCAUUGCAGGCAUUAGAGGAGUAUAAGCCUGAGUAAAAAGCAGCUUAUUUCAUCUACAUAUAAAUAUAUGUAAAAGUAUAUGUUACUUAUGCUUAUACUUACCUUGAUCGUGUCUGUGUGUCUGUACAUAUGUAUUUUGUACGUACGCGUGCGGGUUUGUGUUCCGCCAUGGUAGAAUUGCUUUAUAUUUGAUAAAGAAAAUGAUCUUGUUUGUUCAAUAGUAAAAGUCUAUAGUGAGAAUCAAGCAAGUG